AUGCCUGAAGAAAUCGUACACGGCUUCUACAGAUACACGGAUAUCUGGUUUGAAUGGCACAAGGUCUUGCCCAAUCCAGAGGACUCAGUCGUACUGAAGGCCAUCCUAUCUCACGAGGCGUUAGUGCACCCUGAUCACCCUCUGCGGAAGGAGGGCAAGGAUGGCAUCGAUCUGACUAUGGGUAUACUGCCUAACGGCGAGAACCGCUUGCUCUUCACUUCCGCGCAGGUCGAGUACGUGCGGUAUUGGCUCCACGCCACCGGAUUAACCAAGGAGCCUAUCCCUCUCCCAUACUCGGCUUGUAUGCUCUCCUCCGCGCAACUUCAGUCCCACAAUCCAUCUUUAUACAAAGAUCCCUUUCAUCUGCGCAAUGAGAUCAAGCGCAUUCAGAAAUUUAACAAGCAGCUCAAGGGCGCCGGUAACUCUCUGAAGGCCCGUCGCCUGAAGUUCGAGCGUGUACGCUCAUUGUGGGCUGAAAAGACAGGCGUGUGGUGUGCGAUCGACUUCGAGGCCUGGGACAAGGAUCACACGGCCUUGACCGAGGUGGGUUGGAGUUUCGUGCGCUGGGUUGACGGUGAGCCGCAAGAGGAGUACGUACACCUCAGAGUGGAGGAGCACAGAGACCUCAGGAACAUUUAUGUGCCCUCGAACCCUGACCACUAUAAUUUCGGGAAAAGUGAGAUCGUGAAGAAGAAAGAAUUCAAGCGUCGUAUCCACAGCUUAAUCACUUCCAUCGCGUCGCCCGGGCCCCUCUUUCUCGUUUUCCACGACACCAGUCAAGAUCUCAAAUAUCUUGGGGAACUCUCGGCGCCCAUUAACAGCACAUCGCCCAUUCUCCCCGAAUCGUGCGCUGCCUCAGCGAAGAGCGGGACGCCAGAAAUAUUCACGGUGGACACCGCGGAACUCUUUGCGGCUCUCGAAGGCAACGGCGGCGCGCAGAAGCGAUCAUUGGAGCAGAUGUGUAGGCACCUUCAAGUCAAGACCGAGUACCUGCACAACGCCGGAAACGACGCCCGCUACACCCACCUCGCGCUAGAAGCGAUGGCCUCUGGCGACCAGCUCGACGUGCAGCGCGAGCAGCGCUGGCCGAACCAUACCGCCGUGGGUCGCGGCCCCCGAGUCCAGUUUUCUAAACUAGAGGAGGAUAGUGACGCGAGCGACUGGGAUGAGGACGAUGACGAAGACGACGAUCCUUCGUUGAUGAACUUCCAACUAGGCGGCAGCAACAAUACUCAGAAUGGGAAAGUAGAUGGCAAGUCGAUUAGCGUCGAGAUAUCCGCUGACGGGAAGGCCGUCGAGAGCAUCAAUGGGCAUAGCAUGAAUGGUGGAGCCGUCAACGGUUCCAAUGGCGUCCACGCUUAG